AUGUCUCGCAGCGACGCGGCCGAUUCAUCCUCGCCUUUGGAUCAAACUGACGAGGAGCCGGAACACUUAACAUCCAAGCGCCUCCACAGGUUCUUUGAGCCCAUCAUGCUUCUCUCGGCCCUAACUCAAGCCGUUCGCAACAUGGCUACACCACCACCUCGCGAAGAAAAAAUUAAUACUCAGGACCCUAAGCAGUUAUUUUACGCCUUUGUAAACAAACUCAGUCAUGUGUGCGAUAAAAGAAAGGGGCCCAACCACGUCACCUCUUUCGUCGUCCUCAAAGAUCAAAGUGAUCCCGACAAGGCCCACUACGUCUUUGCAAUGAACCGCCAAACCGACAGUCAGUUACAAAGCACGGCUAGAUAUGUUACAACUCUCCUGCGCAUGGUUGGCCAGGCACCUGAAGGCCGAGAAGGUCAGGGUGAUGCGAGACAUUCGCUGCUGUAUCAUGUUUUACGUUUCAACCGCCACCGGGUUUCGUUUUAUUUGCGUGAGCUUCGGAACCAAGCGGCGUUUUGUCUCGAAAAGUGUGAGGCCGAAACAACAGACGACAACGAAUUAACUGCAGAGAGAUUGGCAGAAAUUCUCACGUCUCCAGUCGUUGGCCUAGACGAAAACGAUACAGAAGCUGAUUACAUUCGUAUGUGUGAGACGACGAUUCAGCAGCUUAUAAAAAUCGAACAGACUAUAGUUGGGGAAAUAAUCGAAGAGCGUGCUCUAGAAAACCGAAUGGUAGGAUACACAAGUAUGGAAUGCUGGGCCAAGCUUCUUCACGCUAUAAGGCGCAUUCUUGCCUACCAGCAAUCAGUUCAAUUCUUCCUGAUGGCCAAAGACACGUGGCCCGGCCUCUUUGAAGAUUUCACCGUGUCCUUCAUCUCUUCAAGCCGCCAGGUGAGCAAGCCAGGUCGCAACAAGAGCUACUCUGCAGAAAGCGUCGUCGGUCGCAUGACAAGCCAGCAGGUGGAGAUGUUUAGAGAAUUUGUAGGAAACCUCCAAGCUUUCGACCUUGACGAGCGCAUCAAAGAGGAGUUUGCUAAAGACACCUUCAACCCGAUGGUCCACUCAGAAGUCCUCUUGCUGAACUGGAUCUCGAAUCAAGGCCCGAUUGUGUCUUCCAGAUUCUUCAACGACUGGAAGUAUAUUGGCUGCAGCAAGCCGAUGUGCAAGCUUUGUGGCUAUUAUUUUUACGAACACCAUUCAAAUGUUGAACACCGGACUUCCCAUGGCAACUUGUAUCCUAGCUGGCGUCUGCCCGAUGUGUUCCCGCAUCAAGGUGAUGCGGGGAGAAAAAUGAGACAGGUGAUGAUGGAUAGAGUGCUACUGCGAGUGCGCAAAGAGACAUUAGACCUCGUGUCGGAGAAAGCUUUUCCAAGCUCAAAGAGAGCUGAUUCGAAUACGGAUACUGCGCGAAUGACACUUCUUCCGGUCGGCACUUUACAAAGGCCGGCCACUGACAUGGACGAUCUUGCGUCGAUGGUGGGACGAGUGGUUGUUGGUUGA